AUGGAUGUGAGGAUGGUUAAUCUGGAUGGCCCUCUGUUUUCUUCUCUGCAGCACCUGAUCGACGCACCCGACGAGAUGGAGAAGGCGAUGGGCGCGUCCUCCCGCUCGUACGUCCGCGACGCGAAGGCCAUGGCGUCCACUCCAGCCGACGUCAAGGAGCUCCCUGACGCCUACGUCUGCGUCGUCGACAUGCCCGGUCUCAAGCCCGCCGACGUCAAGGUCCUGGUCGAGGACGACCGCGUCCUCGUCGUCAGCGGCGAGCGCAAGCGCCAGGACGAAGAGGGCAACGCCAGGUAUCUGCGGAUGGAGCGCCGCGUCGGCAAGUUCAUGCGAAAGUUCGCCCUCCCCGACAAUGCCGACGUGGACGCCGUCUCCGCCGUCUGCCUGGACGGCGUGCUCACCGUCACUGUCAAGAAGGUGCCCCCGCGGGAGCCCAAGACCGUGGACAUCAAGGUCGCCUGAGCCGUCCGUGAUCAGGUCAUCGAUCUCACAACAUAUUCCUCCUCCUGUUUUGCGUGUUUGUUUUUGAUGGCUUUCUUUUCUGGUGGUUUGGGAAGCUCGAUCAAUAAAAUGUAGCUAUGCGUUUUGUAGCAAUGUCUGUGGGGAUUAUGAACGCAGUAUGGUUCGGUAAUCAAUCUCAUUGAGAUUUGUUCGCAUUAA